GAAACGGGCAGAGCUGCUGCUGUUUACUUCCUAGUCACUGCGGAGCUUUUAGGCAGUUUGUGAUGAAACGAGUUUUCAUAAACUGGGCUGGGUCCGUGCAUAUAGCGCUCACCAUUGUAGGGCUGCCGUACGGCGUGUGUACGGGUGGAUACUGCAAAGCCAUCAACAGCAGAGUCCCGAGUGUGUGUACUUUAAGUUUUGCCUUCAUGUCAUCAUCUGCCAUGCACAUCAAGGCCCGCUGCCCAGUGUACCCCGGCUCAGACACCCACCGCUUCCCUGUUCCAGAUGAUAAGGUUAGCUGGGCAGCAGACUGGCCCGAGUACAGCCCUGUGAACUACACAGCACCAUCUGUGCUGAACAAACCUGUCUGGGCUGAUCCAGAGAUCGGUUCAUUUUCCCCACAGUUUAACUCGCUCGAUGGGUCUGUGGACAGGAGGAGCCAUGAGGGAGAGUACAUAGUACAAGAUGGUAGACCACUCAAUCCUAGGGGAAGAACUGGUUUGAAUGGUAGGGGCCUUCUGGGUAGGUGGGGUCCUAACCACGCUGCAGACCCCAUAGUAACCAGGUGGAAGAGGGACUCUGCAGGGCAGCAAGUUUCUCACGCCAUCUCUAAACUUCCUGUGCUGCAGUUUGUGUCCAUCAAGAGGAAAGACUGUGGAGAGUGGGCCAUCCCAGGGGGUAUGGUGGACCCAGGAGAGUUAGUGUCUCUAACUUUGCAGCGAGAAUUCUCAGAGGAGGCAAUGAACUCUCUCCAGGCCUCCCCACAAGAGCGGGAAAAGAUCCAUGAGCGGAUCACUCAGCUUUUUAGUGCUCCAGGUUUCCAGGUAUAUAAAGGUUAUGUAGAUGACCCAAGAAACACAGACAAUUCCUGGAUGGAAACAGUUGCUGUCAACUUCCAUGAUGAAAAAGGUGACAGUGUAAGUGAGCUGCCACUGCAAGCAGGCGACGAUGCAGGCCAAGUGAGUUGGAUCGACGUUGACUCCUCUCAGCCCCUGUAUGCUAGCCACUCACAUUUUCUGCAGACAGUUGCCAAGGAAAGGAAAGCCCACUGGUAACCAAGAGCAAUGACAAGCGCCUUCAAAGACACAAACAAAAACACUUUAUGAAUUGAAAUAUCAGUCAUAAGUGACUGAAAAUGGUUAAAUGGUUAAAUGGAGCAGGGAUCUGAAUCCAAAUGUAUAGCCUGAUGACCCAUCCUGCGUUGUACUGUUCUGUAACACUUUCUGCACACUACAGCCUGGAACUGCAGUUCAAACUGUAAAAAGGUCUUUCUGCUUGAUUGAGAACUGAUAGACUGGGAUAGAACAUUUUUUCAUGAUUUAAAACACACUGACACUGAUUAGAUCCAGAUGAUCCCUUAUACUUGAACUCAUUGAAAAAGAUGAGCAGUUCCUGAAUUAUGUAGAACAGCAGGAUGAAAUUCAGGUUGACUUGUCUAGCUGGCAAAUUUACACUCGUUGUGGAAAACACUGCCACAGCAUUAAAGGGGAAUUUCACCAUUUUUUUCAAAAGUUCUGCAUAAUUAAACCAUUGAGACGUGAAAGUCAUCCAGAGUGUUUUGAUGUGAAAUGAUUCAGAUUUCUUUACAGUGGUAGUGAUGGGAACUGGGGGUCGUGAUGUCUACAACACAAACAUGGUCAUUAUUUACCCAAAUGACCAGUAUACCAACACGUCUUCCGAGUUGAAAACUCAGUGUUGAUAAUGGUAAAAUAGUUUGAAAUCCAAAAAAGGGAAGUGUUUGCCUUACAACGCCCUGCAUGUACCUCUCUACAAUGUUGAUGUUAAGAAAAAGAAGAAGCAGAAGAAGAAACAUUUUAGCCUAAAAGUGUGUAUCAAAACUAUCAUAAGACAGUAUCUCAGGCAUCAGGCAAAGCAUUAGUAACCAUUUAAUGUAAUAGCAUUAUAUAACCAUAGCUUACAGAGGCAUUAAAUGCUUCAUAUGUCUAGUUCCUAUCAUCACCACUGUGACCAGUUCUGACUGUGAAUUCUAGUAAGUGUCUCUAGAACAGAGCAUUUCACAUCAACCCACAUUGAAUGACUUUGUUCACAUCUUAACAAUCACAUUAUGCAGAAAUUUAGAAAAAGAUCAGAAAUCAUUCCUUUUUAUAGCUAAUGCAUGUGUUAUACCUAAUUACCUGCAUGCAUAGCAAUUUACCUUAAUGGGCAAUUGUUUUUUUUAUGCCAUUGACUAUUUAUUGUAGAUUUGUGAAGCUAAUUUGAAGGACUAAAUAGAUGAAAGUGAAAAUUUGAACUGAUUAUCAUUUAGAGGGUGAUAUUCCUAUAUCUAUUAUAAGGUUCUCUUUCUUGCUCUGUCUACAAAAGCUGACACUGUGAUGAAUAUAAUAAAUGUUGCUCUGACUUUCUUUCCUA